AUGGCUCUAGAUGGUCGUUCGCCUUCUCCUUCUAUCUCGGACCUAGAGUCUGCGUGCCUUUACUUUGCUUACGGAAGCAACAUGAACCUUACGCAAAUGGCGCAAAGAUGUCCCGAAAGCGUCAUCUUUGCGAAAGGAGCACUUUGCAACUAUAAAUGGCAGACCAAUAGCCGUGGUGGCGGAAAUGUUAUACAGGGAAACACCGAGGACGUCGUGCACGGUAUUGUCUUCAUCAUUUCCUCAUCUGAGGUUGAAGCUUUAAGGCGUUACGAAGGGGUCGACAAGCAAUUCUUCGUUGAAAAAAAGCUUGUUAUUGAGCUAGAGGCCAUCUCAGAUCCGAGGUUUAGCCGUCAGAAGACUGCUGAUGUGGUAAAAGUGCUGGCAACAAAGGAUUCUGACUAUGGGAAACACACCAUUUCAGCCACAAAGAGGCCGACCAGCUCAGAUGAGAUUUGCCAGGUUGAAACUAGACUUUCAGGAUCCCAUGAAGCCCUGGUCUACAUCAGCACCCCCAUGUACCGCUCGCCCGGUGCAAUUACGAAUGAGUAUAGCAGGAGGAUGCAACAGGCAAUAGCAGAUGCGAGAUUGCUUGGCUUGUCUGAGGAUUAUUUGACAUACACGUUAGGUCCCCUCAUCUCCCGCAAGGAGACAGAUGCCUAG